AUGGCAACUUCUUUGAGCAGGGGUUCACACAUCACGUGCACUAGCGGCGAUACGAAGCCUUGCUCCAUCCCCGACUCCCCAGGUAUUCAACUCAACCCAACUCAACCCGACCUCCACCUAAUCCACAUCGCACCUCCCAUCUUCAAGAACCCUAGCACCAUCGACCCUUUGCAUACGGAGACCACUUGCAGUCGCCAUCAUGAAUCCAGAGUACCGCUUGCAACUACAGGCAAGCCUGCAUACCUAGAAACGAUACUGACUUAUUACGCUGCAGAGUACCCUUCUCUCAUGGCCUCUUGCAUACCGACUAUGGCUGCCGGCGCUUUCGAUCCCCUCAAGAACCUCGGAGAGAAUAAUUACGAACCCUCUAGAUACGAUUACCUCUUCAAGCUCCUUCUUAUCGGAGAUUCCGGUGUAGGAAAGUCCUGCUUGCUGUUGAGAUUCGCAGACGAUACAUACACUGAGAGCUACAUCUCCACCAUCGGUGUCGACUUCAAAAUCCGAACAAUCGAGUUGGACGGAAAGACUGUGAAGCUGCAGAUUUGGGAUACUGCGGGACAGGAGCGCUUCAGAACCAUUACUUCCUCUUACUACAGAGGUGCCCACGGCAUCUGCGUGGUCUACGAUGUUACAGAUAUGGACUCGUUCAACAACGUCAAGCAAUGGCUCCAGGAAAUCGACAGAUAUGCCACGGAGGGCGUCAACAAGCUGCUCGUAGGCAACAAGUCGGAUAUGUCAGAUAAGAAGGUCGUCGAGUACACAGUCGCAAAGGAGUUCGCUGACAGCCUCGGCAUCCCCUUCCUCGAGACAUCUGCCAAGAACGCAUCCAACGUCGAGCAAGCAUUCUUGACCAUGGCCCGUCAAAUUAAGGAAAGAAUGGGUACGACUACAGCGAACAACAAGCCUACAGUACAGGUUGGACAAGGACAGGGUGUGCAAUCGGGGUCGGCUGGUGGCUGCUGCUAA